GCAGGCGGUACCGGAAGUGGCGGGCUGGGAUCAGCCUUUAAGAUGGCGUCUCCUCAGGGGGGCCAGAUUGCGAUCGCGAUGAGGCUUCGGAACCAGCUCCAGUCAGUGUACAAGAUGGACCCGCUACGGAACGAGGAGGAGGUCCGAGUGAAGAUCAAAGACCUGAACGAGCACAUCGUUUGCUGCCUGUGCGCCGGCUACUUCGUGGACGCCACCACCAUCACAGAGUGUCUCCACACCUUCUGCAAAAGCUGUAUUGUCAAGUACCUGCAGACCAGCAAGUACUGCCCCAUGUGCAACAUCAAGAUCCACGAGACGCAGCCGCUGCUCAACCUCAAGCUGGAUCGGGUCAUGCAGGACAUAGUGUAUAAGCUCGUACCAGGCUUGCAAGACAGUGAAGAGAAACGGAUUCGGGAAUUCUAUCAGUCCCGAGGUUUGGACAGAGUCACCCAGCCCAGCGGGGAAGAGCCAGCCCUGAGCAACCUUGGCCUCCCUUUCAGCAGUUUUGACCACUCCAAAGCCCACUAUUAUCGCUAUGAUGAGCAGCUGAGCCUAUGCCUGGAGCGGCUGAGUUCUGGCAAAGACAAGAAUAAAAAUGUCCUUCAGAACAAAUAUGUCCGAUGCUCUGUUAGAGCUGAGGUUCGCCAUCUCCGAAGGGUUCUGUGUCACCGCCUAAUGCUAAAUCCACAACAUGUACAGCUCCUUUUUGACAAUGAGGUUCUCCCUGAUCACAUGACAAUGAAGCAGCUAUGGCUGUCGCGAUGGUUCGGCAAGGUAAGCCAGGUGCGGUGGGCUGAGAGCCCUGCAGAUGCUAGCGCAGCGCCCUCACGUUGUUCUCUUCUCUCUCUCCAUAGCCAUCCCCUUUGCUUUUACAAUACAGUGUGAAAGAGAAGAGGAGGUAGGGCCUGUCCUGCUUCCACCCCCUCCCCACCC